AUGUAUGUAUUAAAGAACCAGUUAAGUGCAACUUGGAAUAAUAGAUUUCAGGAAGAAACAGACAGCAGAGUGGAAAAUUGGAUGAGCAAGAGAAAUAAUAGUAGUAGUAGUAGUAGUAGUAGUAGUAGUAGUAGUAGUAGUAGUAGUAGUAGUAGUAGUAGUAGUAGUAGUAGUAGUAGUAGUAGUAGUAGUAGUAGUAGUAGUAGUAGUAGUAGUAGUAGUAGUAGUAGUAGUAGUAGUAGUAGUAGUAGUAGUAGUAGUAGUAGUAGUAGUAGUAGUAGUAGUAGUAGUAGUAGUAGUAGUAGUAGUAGUAGUAGUAGUAGUAGUAGUAGUAGUAGUAGUAGUAGUAGUAGUAGUAGUAGUAGUAGUAGUAGUAGUAGUAGUAGUAGUAGUAGUAGUAGUAGUAGUAGUAGUAGUAGUAGUAGUAGUAGUAGUAGUAGUAGUAGUAGUAGUAGUAGUAGUAGUAGUAGUAGUAGUAGUAGUAGUAGUAGUAGUAGUAGUAGUAGUAGUAGUAGUAGUAGUAGUAGUAGUAGUAGUAGUAGUAGUAGUAGUAGUAGUAGUAGUAGUAGUAGUAGUAGUAGUAGUAGUAGUAGUAGUAGUAGUAGUAGUAGUAGUAGUAGUAGUAGUAGUAGUAGUAGUAGUAGUAGUAGUAGUAGUAGUAGUAGUAGUAGUAGUAGUAGUAGUAGUAGUAGUAGUAGUAGUAGUAGUAGUAGUAGUAGUAGUAGUAGUAGUAGUAGUAGUAGUAGUAGUAGUAGUAGUAGUAGUAGUAGUAGUAGUAGUAGUAGUAGUAGUAGUAGUAGUAGUAGUAGUAGUAGUAGUAGUAGUAGUAGUAGUAGUAGUAGUAGUAGUAGUAGUAGUAGUAGUAGUAGUAGUAGUAGUAGUAGUAGUAGUAGUAGUAGUAGUAGUAGUAGUAGUAGUAGUAGUAGUAGUAGUAGUAGUAGUAGUAGUAGUAGUAGUACAAUUAUUUUAAGGAUACAGUAA